CAGAAAAGCGAAAAACGGAUCUGACUUGCGCCGGAAGUGAAGUAAAUUACGUAGAACUGCACCGGAAGUUGUUGCUCGUCGAAAAGAAAGUAGAACAAGCGGAAUCACGAUGGAUACGCGAGGGCUUCGAUCUCAAAUGAAAGACAGUGUCCCGGUGGCAGGUUUCUGUCCGCAGGGAGCCUACGGUCUGCAAGAUUCUCUUAGGAGCGGCUUCACCAGUGUCAAGAAUGAGCUCCUUCCCAGCCAUCCACUAGAGCUGUCAGAAAAGAAUUACCAGCUAAACAAGGACAAGAUGAACUUAUCCACACUCAGGAACAUCCAGGGUCUUCACGCACCACUCAAACUACAGAUGGAGUACAGGGCAGCUAGACAGAUUCAGCGCCUGCCGUUCUUACCCAGUUCAAACCUGGCUCUUGACACGCUGCGUGGAAGUGACGACAUGAUCGGCUUUGAAGAUGUCCUCAAUGAUCCAGCUCAGAGUGAAAUCAUGGGAGAGCCACAUCUUAUGGUUGAAUACAAACUGGGAUUGCUGUAAAUUUUCGUGGCUUUUUGUUGCACAAUAUUUCAAGGGUCCAGUGAAGAAAGUAAAAGUGCGUUGUAUUAGGCAGUUUGAGAGCUACAUGUGUGGGUGGUAUUUCUUAAUAAACACUUGACUUGA